CACUUUAGGCGUCUUACUGUUGAGGUGGAAGAAAGAGGUCCUGAAGCAGUGAGACAAGCAAGAGAUGCCCUAUUCUAUGGGCUUCACCCAGCAGAGGACAAUGUGAGGGAACCGGAAGUGAAUGAGAAUCCGAGAGGACGGCCUCGAACAAGCACCAGUCGCAUUCGUUCAUAUUAUGAGCGGUCUCGUUCGAGGAGUACUGGGCCUGGUUCGAGUGGAGGCAGGGGGCGAUCGAGUGGAGGUAGAUCCCGAUCGAGUGGAGGCAGAUCCCGAUCGAGUGGAGGUAGAUCCCGAUCGAGUGGAGGUGAAUCCGACGAGCAUGAUACAGGGCAAUAUUCUUACCCUUACAUCGAUGAGCUUUUUCCAGAGUUUGUUCGACCUUUGCUGGUAGGCGAUUUCAACCCUAGUCCAGACGGCCAUUGUGGUUUUAGGGCACUUUCUCAUUGUAUUUAUGGGGAUGAUAGUCACUAUCUGCUCAUGAGAUCGGCGAUUGUCCAUGAAAUCCAACAACAUUUAUGGAAGUACGAGAACUUGUAUAAUGGUGGUCCACUAGCUCACAUUGACCGCAUCAAUUGGCUCGAGGCGGGUUCCGCACCAAUGGGGCGAUGGAUGGAUUCUGAGGACUUGUUCGUGUUUGCCACCAUCUACAACAUCGCAGUCAUGGUCUUCACAUACCAGAUGUUUGAUGUCAAUAAUGGAAACCGUCCACUACCCAACCGCUACGAUGAUGCCUAUGUGGUAUUGCCUAUUGAUGCGGACCAAGGUACUUUGCCACCAACCAUGUUCUUAUCACUGCACUAUGUGAACAACCACUACAUUCGAUUGUACUUCAACCAGGAUCAGUUUCCCAUACCCCCUCUGCAUCCACUUUGGCAUGGGAUAGCAAGUCCUAACGUGGCGGGAUGGGAAGCUAUUCUCGAGGGUGGACAAAAUUUGUAUGCGAGUCUUGGUGGUCGGCAGCGAGCCAGGCAGAGAGACCCCCGAAGAGCUAGGGGAAGGGGUAGGGGUAGGAGCAAUGCAUAGUGUUGCGAUGCUCUAUUUAUAUGUUGUUGUUUUUCUAGUUGUAUUUUAAAUGGCUCUAGU